GACGAGGCCAAACAUAAAUACAUAAAAAGUUGGCGGCGUUGAUAAGGCGGAGCUUGGCCGGAUUGAUAAGAGCCUUUGACGACGGGUACUAAGACAAUGCAACUGGCGGCUAGGAACUGUGGUGACGCGGGGGGAUGUGACCCCACCUCUCUUUUUCAAUUCCACAAGGUUGAAGGUUUUCCUCUAAGAGCUAUAGCAUCGCCACCGCACAUUCUGAAACCUGCGAAGCACAGGCAUGCUGGCCUAGCCAUCAUCUGCCUGUCGAUCAGAUCGACUGGACACAUCACUGAAGCUCUCGGUUGCUCAGACUUUCGUUUUUGUUGGAAACCUUACUCCAGUUUGUUGCCUCACACAAUUGUUAUGCGUCAGCCUGAAAUCUGAACAUGUGAUGCAAUUAAGGCUGCGACAUCAUGACGCAUUCUUGAGAAUGUUCUGAUAUUUUGACUGACUCAGCAGAUUUUAAGAGUUCCUGAUCCCGCUGUUAUCCCGCCCGAAGUUCAUCAUCUCACACGAUUUGCGUAUUGCUACCAAUGGGAUAGAGAGGUUCUGUCGAUUGGCAGAGCUAACUGAUUUUAUGUGGAAAUUUCCACAUUUUUAUGAGAAUACCAUUAAUGAUCUAUCGAAAUCAAAACGGAAAAGCGACUUUGUGGCCAUUGAAGCAGAUUGAACCCACAAAGCACAUUCCAGAUCAGACUAGCAGCUGCAUCGAAAAGAAUAAGUCAAGCAUCUUCCUAUGGUCAAGAAACAGACAACCCCCAGAAAAGCCCAGCUUUCUAUCUCUGGAGAAAUAUUUAAGCCUGGGGAACGUUCCGUAUCUCUUCGUCGAACGCCGAAACACAAGCGAUUCUUCCAACCACUGGGGUUCCACAGCGACAAGCUCACAUUCCGAUGGACUCAUCUUGUUCCUGGUUGAAACGGUGCAAACCCCGCAGUUCAUUAGAUCUCACAACAUUCCGAAGGCUGUAUCCGCCCGCAUCCUGGACGCUUUCAAAAACAAUCCGCCUUCUUGUGCGCGCGUUCAGACGACGAACGCGAUCGCUGUGCGGCGAGCCUUCAGCUUCCAUAACGAAGCCGCUCCUCGGAUCACAUCAGCCUCGAAAACGGGCAUUCCAGGCAACAGAAUGUCCUCCCAAGGCUGCUUUCCAUUCUUGUUGUAAAUGGGACGUAAGCUUGCCCAUUCCAUCACAAAAAUAAUGAAUGUGGAUGAACGUAGUUCGUCGAUAAAGGAUGCUUGGAAUCAUGAUGAAAUAUCACACGUGUAGUUUUUAUCACUGAUAAUGGCUUUGCGUCUCGUUGACUGAUUUUCAGUGUGUUUUGGCGGGCUGAUCCUCAUUCCAGCUCAGCAAUCGCGACGGGUCCUCAUGAAUGAGAUAUCGCCAAUGUGGCUCCACAUUCUUCACGUGGUCCUGGAGGAAGCUUCGCGCGGGGAGGACGUGGAAGGGGCGGCGGGGUUAGUGAGCAAAAAGACGGGUCACGGGUGUACCAGGACCAGGCGUCGCUCUCCGUGACAGAGAACCCCGUCGCUCUCCGUGACAUCUAACUAUAGUAACAAAAAAACAAAAACAAAAAUUGGAUUUUCAAUAAAUAGAUUAAUAGAUAGAAGAAUUUUCUUUAAAUCAAAUAUAGUCAUUGUGUAAAA